AUGGCGACUCACGGAGAAGAUGACCUGGUGGUUUUCUUCAAUGGGCCCCAGGCUAUAGUCGUAACGGUAACACCGGCAGCAGUUGAGGCUCUCGUGAACAGCAGCAACAACAUCAACAAGCCAUUCAUUUACCACUUCAUGGAGCCUGCAAUGGGGAAGGGUUUGAUAGUCAGUUUCUGUGACGGAUUUGUUUCCCGGAUUUGCAACGUCGCUUACUGGUGGGACUUCAUCUACGAACUAAGCAGCGAGGGCAAGAAUCACCAUAGAGUAUCACGGAUAUUAAGAGACUAUUGUCGCCAGGUAAUUACGGCGCGCAAAGAAGAACUGAUGGACAAGGGCCAUGUCAGAAACUCCAUGAGAUCCUUCCUGGACAUUCUUCUUCAAAUGCACAUGCAAGACGGAACGCUUACUGAGAGUGACAUUCUGGACGAAACCGUUACAAUAAUUGGUGCUGGAUUUGACACAACCGCCUCGGCGGCCGCGUUUUGCCUGUACCUUCUCGGAAAUCACCUGGAAGUUCAAGAAAAGUUGCACGAAGAACUAGAUAGGGUUUUUGGAGAUGAUGUUGACCGUCCAGUAACAUUGGAUGACCUCAGGGAUCUGCCGUACUUGGACUGCGUGAUUAAGGAAACGUUGCGGCUUUAUCCCUCUGUUCCGGUCGUGGCGCGCUACAUUGACGAGGACAUGAAAAUAGGUGAACAGCUUAUUCCCAAGGGAACUACAGUAACGACGAUGAUCUACUUUCUGCAACGACACCAGAAGCUCUACGAUGACCCGAACAGCUUCGUUCCUGAAAGAUUCCAGGAAAACAAUGGAAGACAUCAAUACGCCUUCAUUCCGUUCUUUGGAGGGCAGAGGAACUGUAUCGGUCAGAGGUUUGCGGUGCUAAAGGCAAAGGUGCUGGUCGCCCAGGUGAUGAGGCGCUUCAAAAUCGAAUCGAAACUCCCGGAGAGUGAACUCCAGCUGGAGAUUGGAAUUGUUCUAAGGCCAUCUCAGAAUCUGGAUGUGAAGCUCACUCGAAGGAACCGAACUUUGUGA